GCCCGCCUCUCGUCUCGGAGGUAGGCUGAGACGGGAGGGUCCUCGGCUAAAGCCAAAGGCGGAUCAAAGUGGUGGGACUCGCGCCGCGGCCGCGGAGACGUGAAGGCCCUCCGCACUCCUCUUCGGCAUCCGGGUCGGUGCUCGCCCUCGCUGUCCUGUCCCCGGCCCCAUGGAGAAGACAGAGCUGAUCCAGAAGGCCAAGCUGGCCGAGCAGGCCGAGCGCUACGACGACAUGGCCACCUGCAUGAAGGCCGUGACGGAGCAGGGCGCCGAGCUGUCCAACGAGGAGCGCAACCUGCUCUCGGUGGCCUACAAGAACGUGGUCGGGGGCCGCAGGUCCGCCUGGAGGGUCAUCUCGAGCAUCGAGCAGAAGACCGACACCUCCGACAAGAAGCUGCAGCUGAUUAAGGACUAUCGGGAGAAAGUGGAGUCCGAACUGCGCUCCAUCUGCACCACGGUCCUGGAAUUGUUGGAUAAGUAUUUAAUAGCCAAUGCAACUAAUCCAGAGAGUAAGGUCUUCUAUCUGAAGAUGAAGGGGGAUUACUUCCGGUACCUUGCUGAAGUUGCUUGUGGUGAUGAUCGGAAACAAACGAUAGAUAAUUCCCAAGGAGCUUACCAAGAGGCUUUUGAUAUAAGCAAGAAAGAGAUGCAACCCACACACCCAAUCCGCCUGGGGCUGGCUCUUAACUUUUCUGUAUUUUACUAUGAGAUCCUUAAUAACCCAGAACUUGCCUGCACACUGGCUAAAACGGCUUUUGAUGAGGCCAUUGCAGAACUUGAUACACUGAAUGAAGACUCAUACAAAGACAGCACCCUCAUCAUGCAGUUGCUUAGAGACAACCUAACAUUAUGGACAUCAGACAGUGCAGGAGAAGAAUGUGAUGCGGCAGAAGGGGCAGAGAACUAAGUGCAUACAGGGUGUCAUCCUUCUUCCCCUCAAGAAACCUUUCUACUCAUCUCCAUUCCUUAUUCCAUUUGGAUUUCCUAUAGC